CAAUUGGGACCAUAGUUCUCCUUUUGACCGUCCGAUAAGAAGCUACCAUGCCCCGCGGUCCUCGCCACCACCUCAAGCGCAUGAGCGCCCCCAAGCACUGGAUGCUCGGCAAGCUCGAUGGCAUCUGGGCGCCCCGCCCGUCGUCGGGCCCCCACAAGCUCCGUGAGUGCUUGCCCUUGAUCAUCAUCAUCCGCAACCGCCUCAAGUACGCCCUGACCAAGCAGGAAGUCACGAUGAUCUGCAUGCAGAAGCUCGUCAAGGUUGACGGCAAGACGCGUGUCGACCCCAACUUCCCGGCCGGCUUCAUGGACGUCGUCGAGAUCACCAAGUCGGGCGAUGUCUUCCGCCUUCUCUACGACACCAAGGGCCGCUUCGUCCUCCACCGCAUCAACGAGGAGGAGAAGAAGUACAAGCUCGCCAAGGUCACGCGCCAGGAGUUCACGGCCAAGCAGAUCCCGUACGUCGCCACGAACGACGGCCGCACGAUCCGCUACGCCGACCCGCUCAUCAAGGUCAACGACACGGUCAAGAUCGACAUCGAGACGGGCAAGGUCGUCGACUUCAUCAAGUUCGAGACGGGCGCCAUGGUCAUGAUCACGCGCGGCCGCAACGCUGGCCGUGUCGGUAUCCUCCACCACAUCGAAAGACACGCGGGUUCGUUCAACAUUGCCCACAUCAAGGACACGACGGGCGCCGAGUUCGCCACGCGCCAGGGCAACGUCUUCGCCGUCGGCAAGGACGGCCGCCCGUGGGUCUCGCUCCCCAAGGGCAAGGGUGUCAAGCUCUCGAUCCUUGAGGAACGCAGCAUGCGCGAGCAGAAGGCCGCCGCCAAGCACUAAGCAAUUAGUGCCUGCGCGCGCCUGCAUUAUGGCAACCAAUAAUGCAUAAUAAAGGAGAACAUGGUUACAACCGAAGA